AGGAGGAGGAGGAGGGUUGGUGACCACUUGAAUUUGAAAUUUUAAAAACCUCUCAUGUCGCCUUCAAACCUACUGAAAAGUCUGUUCUGCAUACCAUCUUCAGAGUUUCUAGAUCAGUAAAUACUUUUUAAUGUAAGAUUUUUUUUAAAUCGAAAACUCAAGGUUGUCAAUUUGACACGCAGGUCAUGACAACAGUCAUGACGACGGUGGAAAGUUUUAAAUGGACCACGUUAAGGUUGUAGGACAGAGUUAUUAGGGGAGAGCGGUGUCAGUUGUUACACUAGUGAAAGCUUCAAUCAGCAGCAUGUUACAGUGGUGAGAUCCUCUGCGCAUGCUCAGUAGCAUCACCUGACUUAAUCACAGCUCUGGACAAUGUAUCAUCAGAAGUCAGAAUCUGAGCCAGAACGACGCGGCAGUCCGGUCCGGACUGAUUACUGACCUCAGCAGUGCGCGCUCACGGAAGACCGUAUACGAGACCUGGACGCGGAAGGAGUGAGAGGACGGAGAGGAGGAGGAAGAGGAGAGCAGCACGAACCCCCCAGCAUGACUCUGGGGACGGACGUGUCGGAGAGCCCGGCGCUGUCCGACGACGUGGACAUCGACGUGGUCGGUGGCGACGGCGUGAGAGACGGGAAAUAUCUGCGCCAUCCUCGCGUUUUCCACCCGGACCACGACUCCGACGACCCUCUGUCGUCCCACGAGGCCGGGGAGGGAGCCGCCAGCGGGUCCGAGUGCCCGGAUGACGACCGCGUCGGGGCUCGGGGCGAAUCCGGAGAAGGCGCUGACCCGUUAAUCGGGGACAAACCGGUGAAAAACGCACUCGUGAAGCCGCCGUAUUCGUACAUCGCGUUAAUCACGAUGGCCAUCUUGCAGAGCCCGAAGAAACGGCUGACGCUGAGCGAGAUCUGCGAGUUCAUCAGCAACAGGUUCCCGUACUACCGCGAAAAGUUCCCAGCGUGGCAGAACUCCAUCCGGCACAACCUUUCGCUCAACGACUGCUUCGUCAAGAUCCCACGCGAACCCGGUAAUCCGGGAAAGGGCAACUACUGGACGCUGGACCCGGAGUCGGCCGACAUGUUUGACAACGGCAGCUUUCUGCGCAGGCGGAAGCGCUUCAAGAGACACCAGAACAGCGACGUGGUUCUCCGCGACGCGGGUGGAUUCCUGCCGGGAUUUGGAUACGGCCCUUACGGCUGUUACGGCCCUGGUGCCGGUGGCGCUGGCGGCUACGGACUGGCGCUGCAGAACUUCCACGCGUACCAUCACCACCACCACCACCACCACCCAGCUGGGACGUUCCCUUUCCAGGGCGCGCCGUGUCCCCUUCCCGCCGUGCCCUCUUCCAUCUUCUCCUCGUCGCCGCAUACCGUGCCGCCUUCUCUGCUGGGAGCAGAUCUAAGGAAGCCCUUCUACCCGCAGCUCGGUCCCGCACUUGCGCCUCAAAAAACGGACACGAACACGUCGCGCCGCCCGUCUUUCUCCAUAGACAACAUCAUCGGCGCGACCAGCUCGCCGCCCUCGGCGCCCUACAGCGCGCAGUUACCGGCGGGUCAGGCGCAGAUCUUAGCCAUGCUCACCCCGCCGUCCUCCAACCACUUGAACCUCUCUCCGGAAACGAUCGCACCCAGCUCGUGCACGGACUUCCUCCGGUAAAACGAGGACGACGAACUUUUAAAUUUGUUUUUUUGUUUUGUUUUUUUUUUUGAGAGUUUCUAGUCAUUUUUUCCCAGAACGGCAAGCGAGCCUGAAUGCGCCGCGGUCCGUUUUUAAAAUCCGACAUUUUGCCAAGGUAGGAACUGACUUUUUGUGAGGCUAAAAAUUCUCUCUUUUUUUUUUGUGGAAAUUUGAGAGUAAACAAAAACAAACAAAGAAAAACUUAAUUAAUUACGUUAUAUUUAUGAACUGUAAAUAUGUACUAUAUUGAGAAACGACAUCAUGUGCAGGCAGAAAUGAACAUUUUAAAAAAGAAAAGGUAGUCCGAGGUUAACCUUUGACCUUUGAUCUCCAGUCCAGCUGUUUUUAAACAGGAAACCAUUCAGUUAAUUUGAUCUCAUUGUGAACAGUGGAUUCUCCUGUCGGCGCGCUUACAGAUUGUUAUUGCUAUUGUUAUGGUUUAUAUAUAUUUUUUGUGAGUUUUGUGAAAAAAAGAAAGCACUGUUUAAUAGUAGAGAGAUCCAAAAUAUCGACUCAGGUGUACUUCUCCUUUUUUUUUUCUUUUUUUUUUUGAAAAGCACAUUGCCAGAGACAGUAGGGUUUCUGCCCGAACAGCGGUAUAUCAGUGUCAAGUAGAGCUGUUUUUUUUUUAUUAUUAUUAUUUUUAAAAAAAUUUUCUAUUAUUUUUAUUUUUUGUCUUUAGACAAAAAAAAAUUGAUGUGGCGUUGAUGUAACUCGCAUUACCUCUCCUCCUGUCUGACUGUGCACACGUUGUUUUUCUUCUUAUUACAUUGAAGAUUAUCUGUGAAGAAAAUGUCGCUAUGUUGUAAAAAAAAAAAAAAAAAAGAAAAAGGGAAAAAAAAAGCAGAUAAACACCCGUCAUGUUCAUAGGUCAUUUGGUUGUAAUGACAAGAAAAUAAAUGUUGUGAAUUUUAAA